GGACAUCAAUAGUUCUAACCGCGUUCCCUAUUGUCCUUUGAACAAUGGCCACCUAUGCACCCGGUAUAAGUAUACAAGUGGCUCAAAUGCAUCAGGUUACUUUUCCCAACUACCCGCGUUUGCUAUGUUCUCUGCUGCGUUCCCCGCGGGGACAAUCCUCGCUGCUAUCCUAGUCCUGAUCCCACUCCCUUCGCACUGGCGGGCACGAAAUGUGGCAACACUCUCACUUAUUGGCUGGCUUUUCGUCAUGAAUUUAAUUUAUGCUGUAAAUUCGUUUGUGUGGUCGGACAACUCACAACCGCGACUCUUGGUUUGGUGCGAUAUCACAACCAAACUCAUGAUCGGUGCUUCUUCAGCUAUCCCUGCUGCUGCGUUGUGUAUCUGCAAGUACCUUGAACUCGUUGCUUCAGGUCGAGUUGUACGCUUGAUGCACGACGAUCACCGCCGCCGCCGUAUAUUCGAGCUUGCCAUGUGCAUUCUCGUUCCUGUGGUUCUCAUGGCUCUACAUUAUGUUGUGCAGGGGCAUCGCUUUGACAUUGUUGAAGCAAUUGGUUGUCAGCCGGCGACUUACUAUUCCGUACCUGCCGUAUUCAUCGUAUGGUUCCCACCCCUUUUACUUUCCACAAUUACCUUUGUAUAUGCAGCUCUCGCCUUGUACCACUUCUUUCGUCAACGUAUCACCUUUGCGGCCGCCCUCAGUAGCUCCGGGUCUUCCCUCAACACCAGCAGAUACCUUCGCCUCAUGGCGAUGUCUAUCACCGAAAUGGCAUGGGGAACUUCACUUACUGCCGUCACUAUGUACGACAACAUUGCCCCAGGUCUUCGCCCAUGGACAAACUGGGCCGACGUUCAUUCAAACUUUGGUCGCAUCGCCACUUUCAGACUAUUCAUGAUUCCUCCUGGCUACCUCAGGCAGAUUUUUGUCAUGUGGUGGGCAAUGCCUGUGUCCGCUUAUAUCUUCUUCUUGUUCUUCGCAUUCGGUGAAGAGAGUGUUCGGGAUUAUAAGCGCGUCUAUACUUGGGUGAAGACUAAGGUCCUCAGGCGACCUGUGAUUUUCAAAAGGGCACAGUUCGGCUCUCUUUCAGGCUCAAAUAGCCUUCCGUCACAACUUAUCGUCCAUAAACAAUCCACAAUAGACGUCCGAGGCGAUUCAGAUGACGAUAACACUCUACCAUCGUAUACUCCACAACUUGCUCAUGGUGCACCCUUCAUCACUCCCACAUCAUCCAAGUUCCCCUCGUCGACAGACACAAAGUACAUGGAUCGCGACCUCGAAAAGAAUAUGGACUUUAUCACUGUCAAGCUGCACAGUGACGACGAGGACGAGGAUACAGCAGUCGGAACUCCUCAUACUCUUCGUAGCCCUCACAGCCCUCAUACUCCCCAUACUCCCUACUCUUGCUACUCCAUCACAUCACAUGUCUCCACCUCCUCGACAGAUCAUCGAAUAUCCAUAUCCGACGAGUUCCCUGCUUCACGACCACCUACACCAUUGUUCCCUAUUCCGACGAGGGAAUCAAGGCAGCAGGAGUGGUAUGCUACUAUGCCUGCUUCGCCACCUUACCAUCGACCUUUCACUCCUCCGACUGUCGUGCAAAGAUCUUCUGAGGAUGGAGCUUCGGUUGUGCCUAGUAUCGAUGUCUCGAUACACCGUAAUACCCCAAUAGACCGCACCGUCUGAUCCACCUCUGUCAAAGCCUAAACCGACACUGACUUCUCUUGAUUUUCUACGUACACAUAAUGCCCUAUUUAUUAUCUAUUCCUAUACCUCGCUCAAAACACCCACAUACCCCUCACUUUCUUGCUUUGACUCGCGCAUUCUAUUCUCCAUCCAUUGAUAUCAUGUUCUUCCUCGUGUUUUCGUUUCCACUGUAUCCAGUAGCUGCCCAGAUUACCUUCACACUUCUCUGGAUCUGUCGUGACCUACCCGCGAGCUCGGGUUGUAUAACAGUACCCUAGAGUUGAUCAGAUCGCAAUGAUUACUUGCGCCCCCUAAUCCUUUC